AUGAUGCAUCCGUCGCGACAGGCCUACGUGGAGGAGGCCAUGGACGAGGACAGAGGAAUCGCGCUCGAGGACAUUCCCGUCGACCAUGACUACGAGAUCCCUUCUGCGGCGUCCGGCGUGGCGCCUGAGAAAGCCUCCGCCGUUCUGGCGCAGAUGGAGAGGAAAAAGCUGGCCGCUAGCAUCGCGGUGCCUACCGACGACAACCGAGUGCGCGCGAGGCUCAGAGAGCUGGGCGAACCCAUAACACUAUUUGGAGAGGGCAAGCCUGAACGACGAGACCGUUUGAGGGACCUACUUGCUAUUCAAAAGGAGAUGGACGAUGUCGAUGUCGAGAUGCAGGAGGCUGGAGACGAAGACGCGGACGACCAAGACGAAGAAUUCUAUACCCCGGGAGGCCCAGCACUGUUACAAGCACGUAUCGAUAUCGUUAAAUACUCGCUCCCCAGAGCGAGAAGACGAGUCCAGUUUCAAAAAGCAGAGUCGACAAUCCCCUUGCGCACGCACGUCAAGUUCCGAAAACAGAUUAAGGAGAAGUUGGAGGGCUUCGAGCUUCAGGGCAGUCAAACAGCUGGCGACCGAAAUGUCAGCAUGACGAGGUUAUCACCCAAUGGAGAGAUUGUCGCGGUGGGCAACUGGGGAGGAGGUCUGAAACUCAUCGAGGUGCCCAGCCUGGAGCAGAAGAUGAACCUGCGAGGACAUACCAACAAGAUCAGCGGUCUCUCAUGGUAUCCGGGCUCUACGCUGCCCGAAUCCAAUGUGUCUCCCAGCACUGUCAACCUCGCGUCUGGAGGAGCCGAAGGUGUGGUGCAUUUGUGGGGACUUGAGCAAGACACACCGCUGUCGACGCUCUCUGGUCAUAGUGCUCGCGUAUCCCGUGUCGAGUUCCAUCCCUCUGGAAGGUAUGUGGCAUCUGCCUCAGACGACACGACAUGGAGACUCUGGGACGUGGAGACUACCGCGGAGCUGCUGCUCCAGGAAGGCCAUUCCAGAGGUGUUUAUGCAGUGAGCUUCAACGCGGAUGGCUCCCUUUUGGCCAGCGCCGGCCUGGACAGCAUUGGUCGCAUCUGGGACUUGCGAUCAGGACGGACAGUCAUGAUUCUGGACGAGCACAUCCAGCCGAUAUACGCCCUCGACUGGGGAUCGGAUGGACACCGAGUGCUGUCGGGAUCGGCAGACGGCUGGGUCAAGUGUUGGGACGUUCGGAAGGUUCAGAGAACGGCAAACCUGGGAGCUCACACAAAGGCCGUGUCUGAUCUCAGGUGGUUCAAGGGAACGGACGACCCGAUUGAUGGGCAUCCACCGGGGGUUGACGAGAGCGGUGCCCAGCAGCCCAAGAAGGCCGGCACAUUUUUCGUAUCUGGUGGAUUUGAUGCCAAGGUCAAGAUCUUCUCGGCGGACAACUGGGAGGUCAUCCAGACUUUAAGUGGACAUGCCGGUCCGGUUUCCAGUGUGGACGUGAGCAGAGACGGAAAGUGGAUUGUCAGUGGAGGGCAUGACCGGACGGUGAAGCUCUGGGGUCGCAAUGACGGCGAGGGAAUCUAG